GAUCUCAUCGAUCACACCCGGUCUCAGUUAAAUCAAGAAGCUUCAGCGGGACUCAUUGGCUCCGUAAUCAUUAAAUUUGGGAAAUUUUCUGUGACUUCAGUUGGAAAGAAAAUGCCCAUCCUGAAGGAAUGCUGCUUCUGCGUAUCCCUCAAGACAGGGGGGAUAGUAUUGGCGAUUAUUAAUGGUCUUGCUUCAAUUGCGGUCGUAGCCUUCAAUAUCUGGGGGCUUGUUGUGCUGAACAAAGUGGAAAAGUCCCAUGAAGCAAUCCAACGUUUGGCUAAGGAGUUAGAACUUGCCAGGAAUCCCGGUGGUGGAGGAGGAGGAGGAUACAAUGCUGCUUAUAAUGAUAACUUGGUGAUCUUGUUCACUAAAAUACUUCUUUGGACGAAUAUCGUCAUUUGCCUGUUUGUCUUUUUGGCCUGUAUUUUCCUCAUUAUUGGAGCCUUGAAAAAUCGUAGAAAGUUCAUUAUUCCGUACCUCAUUUGCAAUGCCUUCGGAAUCGUUACAAGAUUCUUGGAUUUUAUUUUCAAAGCAGUAACGAGUGAGAAAGCCUUCAAUCAUGUUGUUGCUGGUCUCAUCUUUGUGGCGAUUUCAGGCUAUCUCUGGUUCUGCGUUUUCUCACUCUACCAGAAGCAAUGUGAGGAGGAACGUCAACGAAGUGCAGCAAAUAAUCCAUAUGCAAAUCAACAAACUGUUUACUCACAAAAAGCUUAAUUUAAUGGCGGAAAUAAAAGAAAAGGAAAAUGAAUUUCACAACUCAAAAAGGAUGAAAAUGGCCUAAUUGAUGGUUCAAAAAUAUGUAUUUUUUUCCUAAUUGUUUAUUUGAUUAAUCUUUUAGAACUUUUUAGUAUCUCUUUAAAGAAAGAAUUGAACAAAAAAUAAUGAAAUAAUCUUAAUUAUUAAUUCUUUAUUGAAUAGUAAAUGGAGUUGAAGCUCAGCAGAAUAUCGUAUUUAAAAAAUCUGAGUUAAAACAUCCUUAAAAAGCAUUUAAUACACGAAAGUUUAAAAUUAAAAACAUAAUAAAAAAAUUAAACUGGUCUAUUGAAAGCCUAAAAUUCUCUAUUACACACUAUAUGAAAUAAAUUUUACUUUGAAGCUUAAAUUUAACUCGUCUCAAUGCUUGUGAAUUUUAGAAGAAUUUCUCACAUAAAUUUAUUGCAGUUUAAAAUUUUUAAAAUAACUAAAUUAUUAAAAUUUUUAUCACAUUUAAUGUUUCCUGUUUCAGUUAAUGUUCAUUGUGUCCACAUAAAACAUAAAAAUAAAGAAACAUUCAUCACGA